CCGGCCGGCUGCAGCUCUCGGCUCCAGCCCUGGCACUGGCCCGAGGAGACCACGGCGUCUGGAGCCCCGGCUGUCUUCUCCAGCAGGCUCCGUGGCUCUGUUGAGAAUCAUGCCGGGGCAGCUGAUCUGUUGGCACCUGCUGGCUUUGUUUUUCCUCCCAUUUUGCCUGUGUCAAGAUGAAUACAUGGAGGUGAGCGGAAGAGCUAAUAAAGUGGUGGCGAGAAUAGUGCAAAGCCACCAGCAGACCGUCCAUGGUGGCUCCCGGAGGGAGAAAGUGAGAGAGCGGAGCCAUGCUAAAACUGGGACUGUGGAUAAUAACACUUCUACAGACCUAAAACCCCUGAGACCAGAUGAGCUACCGCACCCCGAGGUAGAUGACCUAGCCCAGAUCACCCCACUCUGGGCCCAGUCUCCACCUACAGGAGGGCUGCCCCCAGACUGCAGCAAGUGUUGUCAUGGAGAUUACAGCUUCCGGGGCUACCAAGGGCCACCUGGACCUCCCGGCCCCCCUGGCAUUCCAGGAAACCACGGAAACAAUGGCAAUAACGGAGCCACUGGUCACGAAGGGGCCAAAGGUGAGAAAGGAGACAAAGGCGACCUGGGCCCACGAGGGGAGCGGGGGCAGCACGGCCCCAAAGGAGAAAAGGGCCACCCGGGGAUUCCACCAGAACUGCAGAUCGCAUUCAUGGCCUCUCUGGCAACGCACUUCACCAAUCAGAACAGCGGCAUUAUCUUCAGCAGCGUUGAGACCAACAUCGGAAACUUCUUUGAUGUGAUGACUGGUAGAUUUGGGGCCCCAGUGUCAGGUGUGUAUUUUUUCACCUUCAGCAUGAUGAAGCAUGAGGAUGUUGAGGAAGUGUAUGUGUACCUCAUGCACAAUGGAAAUACAGUCUUCAGCAUGUACAGCUAUGAAACAAAAGGGAAAUCGGACACAUCCAGCAACCAUGCAGUGCUGAAGCUGGCUAAAGGAGAUGAGGUUUGGCUGAGAAUGGGCAAUGGCGCUCUUCAUGGGGACCACCAGCGCUUCUCUACCUUUGCGGGCUUCCUGCUUUUUGAAACUAAGUAAAUAUAUGAAUAGACCAGCUCCACUUUAGGGAAGAAUUGUAGCUGAACAGGUAUUGUUAUGAUCUGAGGAACAUUACAGUUGAGGGUUCUGUAUAUUGUAUUUUUUUUAAAGAAACUUUUUGGUUACAUUGCUAAUCAUGCUACAGAUACAGCAAUAAUGUGGAAUGACUCAGGGGCUCAGAAGAUGGAAAAACACAAGACAGUUUUCUCAUGUGACCUUGACUAAUAUACCUACCACUUUUACCACUCUUCCCUAGGCACCUAAAAGAGAAUUCCCCUUUUGAUACAGGUUAGAAAUAAUUGUUCCCAUCAGAGAAGUCAUUUGCAGAGAGUUUGGGCAGCUCUGUUUUUAAUUGAAUAUCAGCUUUCAGGAACCACUGAGGUUGGGGUUCAUUGUUAUAACUCCACAGCAAACAGGAUGCCAUGGUUGCGGUGGGGCCGGGCAAGGACAGGGGCACAGCCAGGGUCAAGGUGCCAGAAACACCUGCGAAGCCGAAACUGGGAAGUUACACUUUGAUCCAGUGGGUCAAUGUUCAUAAACAAAAUAUAGUUUUGUUGUUUUAGGAAUUCCUGAUAGCUUUUAGACAGCAAAAGUAUGCACAGUGCCCACAGAUAACUGACUCAUUGUUUUUCAAUAACAACAGCUGUAAUUAAAUCCUAACUUGUAGGAGUUUGCAUUCGAAUUUUCUCAUGAUCCAGAAUUGGGUUGACCAGAUCUGGUUUAUGAGACUGACUCUUCGCCACUCACCACGUUU